CUCCUCCUUUAUCAAAUAUUUUUCUUUUUCUUAGGCCCCAAGUGUUUGAUGGGUCUGUAGAUAUGGCGAUGGAGCUCGUGCCCCAGCUCUCCCCGCUCUCCGACUCCACCACCAACAAUAUGGAAGCCAACGCAGUUCAAGAAUCCGCCUCCGCCUACGACAGCGUCGACCAGCUCAUCCGAGUGUUCUCCAAUGCCUACCAACCCUCGCCCUCUAUUCAAUCCCCCAAUUCUAAUCAUUCCAAUUCCACCCUCGAUUUCCCUACCGAUGCUGUCUCCAAGUGUAAGAAGAUCAUUUCUCUCAUGGGUCGGAGCCGGGUCGGCCACGCCCGCUUCCGAAGAGCUCCUCUCCCCGCCGUCGACCUUGUUUCUUCCUCCGGCCGAUGCCACUGUUCGAAGAAGAGAAAAUUGAGGGUGAAGAGAGUUGUGAGGAUGGCGGCGAUAAGCUUGAAAACGGCGGAUAUCCCAGCGGACGAUUAUUCAUGGAGAAAAUAUGGUCAAAAGGCGAUUAAAGGGUCUCCACAUCCGAGGGGGUAUUACAAGUGUAGCAGCAUGAGAGGGUGUCCAGCCCGCAAACACGUAGAACGGGCCGUAGACGAUCCGGCAAUUCUAGUAGUCACCUACGAAGGCGAGCACAAUCACACCCUCACCGUACCCAAAACCUCCAACAUCUCAAAGGAGAUCUGACGGUCAGUUUUUUUUCCACACUAUUUAUCAUAAUAUACAUAUAUAUUAAUCUCCGUCUCUUUUAUUGGACAAUGUGAAUUUGUUUACUUAUUAUUGAUAUUUUUUUUUUAAAAAAAAGGCCCCGAGAUUGUGGAUUUGGUAUUAAUUGGAGUAGGAUGGCUUUAUCCUUUUUCUUGAUUUGGAUUUUUGUUGCUUUUUUUAUGCCAACUUCCAACUAAACCCUUGUAUUCCUUAGCAAAACGGGUGGAGAAUGGUAAAUAUAAAAAAUGGGUAUUAAUUAUAUGUAAUUAAUGAAAGAGGAGGUUGACUAAAGCCAUAGACUUGAAGAAGUCACAGUGUGGAAGAUCCAACCUUCAAACAAUAAUAGCAAUAAAAA